AUUGGCUGAGCCGGUCCCUCAUGGGACAAGGCCAUUGGCUGGACCGGCCCCGCACGGUGCUAUUGGCUGGCUCGGCCCCGCUCGGGCGCUUAUUGGCCGGUCCGGGGUGGCGGUGCCUGUUGGUCCUUUUGAACGCGCCCCGCGCCCCAUAUGCCGCCAUGGCCGCCGCUCCGCGCUGCCGCCUCCCCCGCGGCUCCGUAUGUCCGCCUCUGCAAGGAUUGGAUGGCAUGAAAUCUUCAGAUGCACCAAAAAGUUCUCUGUCUUCUGAAACAUGUCCGUGGGUUAGGAAACAGAACAAUGAGACAAAUCUGAACAGUGAGAAGAGUGCCCCUACCCCUGUAACUGGAAGGAGGCUUGCAUCUGUCAGAUCAACACCAGCUCAUGGAACUCCAAAGCAUAAGAAAGAUCUUAUCCUAUUGAAAGAGAAAAAGAAGCAGAAGGCACUGGAGAAGGAGAUCCGUGCAUUAGUGAGAGAGCGUGGAGAGCAGGAUAAAAAAUUUCGGGCUCUGGAUGAGGAUUUUGCCAAGACUGAAGCAAAACUGAAUGCAGCAGUUAAGGAGAAAACAUCACUUUUGGCAAAUAUUGCAUGCCUAAAAAAACAGCUUCUGGAGCUAACAAGAACCAAUGAAGUACUCAAGUCAAAGCUGUCUGAAGAUGGUGUGCAGAAGAAAAUGAGCAGCCUAUGCAUGGAGUUAAUGAAGCUCAGAAACCAGAGGGAUGCUAAGGAGAAGGCUGUACUUGCAAAGCAGGAAGACAUGGAAAUGAAGCUGCAGGAAGUGCAAAAGAAUCUAGAGCAUUCGGAAGGCAAAGUAACACAGUUAAAAGAAAAACUGUCUGCUACGGAGAGAGAGAAAGCUGAAGACAAGUCUGACCCUGAAAAACUCCUUGAAUAUAUCACAGAGCUCAGAGUUGCAGAAACAGUUGAGAAAUACAAACUAGAUAUUGCUGAGAUGGAGGACACAAUGAUAAAGAAAGACCAAGAUAUAGGGGUCCUGAGGGAUACCCUUAAAACAAAGGAGGAAGAAACAUCUAAACUGAUAAAUGAACUAAAUGAAAGGUGUCAAUCGCUUGAACAAGAAAAAGAGAAACAGCUGUCUGAGAGCAGAGGAAAAUUCCUGAGUAUGAAUGCAGAAAUAGAAGACCUGAAAAAGAUGAACAGUUCAGAAAAAGAAGAACGUCAGAAACUACUUCAGAAACAUGAGGAGAUGGUCUCUCAGCUGCAGCAAGAGAAGGAGUCAUCUGCAUCAAUGCACCAGAAAUUACUUGCGGUACAAGAGGAAGUAACAAGUGAGAGACAUCUUCUUGAAGAAGAACUUAAUGAUACAAUGCAAGAGCUGAAUAAAUUACAUGCUAAGGAGAAGACGGCUGAAAAGAUAGUGAAGCAGUUGGAGAAGCAAAUAAAAUCUCAAGCUCUUGAACUUGCACAGAUGGAAGUCAAGCUCAAAGGGAAGAACGCUGAGUUGGAGCAAAUGAAUGAAAAGCACAGCAAUGCUCUUUUGCAUGUCGAGGAGGAGCACAGCAAUACACUGCGUAAACUUGGACAGACUGUUGCUGAGCUUGCAAGCUACAAGAAGAAAACAGAUGAAGAAAUAUGUAGUCUUAAACUGGAGAAUACCUCUCUCCAAGAAGAAGUUGCCAACCUUAAAAAAAGAGGCCAGGAUAAUCUGCAGCUGCUUCAAGAGGCAGAAUGCUCCAAAAACAAAGCGAAAGAAGAAUAUGCAAGGAUGCUUUUGGAAAUCCAGACUAAGCUUGCACUGAAAGAAGCAGAAAUGGAGAGAACAAGGGGGUCUUGCCUUGAACAAAUAACUAAACUGGAAGAGCAAACUGAAGAUCUGAAAAGGAAACUUGAAAUGGAAAGAUCAAGGAAAACAGUAUGUGAAGAUGAGACUUGUAGCUUAAAAGAAGAGAUAAAGACCUGGCGUAGUCUUUAUGAAGAUUUACACAACAAAGCUAAGCCUUUUCAGCAACAACUAGAUGCAUUUGAAGCAGAGAAGAACGCACUUCUAAAUGAGCAUGGUGCAGCCCAAGAAGAGUUGAACAAAUUAAGUGAAGCUUAUGCUAAACUACUUGGUCACCAGAACCAGAAGCAAAAAAUCAAACAUGUUAUGAAGUUGAAGGAAGAAAAUACUCACUUGAAGCAGGAUGUUUCAAAACUGCGUGCAUUGCUAGCAAAAGAAAAGCAAACCAGCAGAGACCUUCAGGAGCAGCUAAACGAAAUUCAGGGCAUUAGACGCUUUGAUCCUUCUAAAGCUUUCCAGCAUAACAGCAAGGAAAAUAUUGCUCCAAAAACUCCUCUUAAAGAAGGUAAUAAAAACAGAAUUUAAUCUAUACUUGGUAUUAAAAAAAAAUCGCAAUAACUCAAGAGUUUAAUGUACUCUAGAAGGCUUCAAAAGACUGCUUGUUCAUAGUGGACUUCGAUGCUUUCUACAAAACCAAUUAAUAGGAGUACCAGAGAAAUGGUCUGAAAUCAUAUUUUUGGAAAAACGGCACUUGAUUAUACCCUUGCUGAGAAGGCACAGUUAACUGCGUUCCAGACUCUUGGUAACAUAUUUAUGUUGUCAUACUAGGAGAAGUAUUUCUUGUUUUACUGGGUGGAGUUACUUUUAUGCUGAAGCUAUUUAGUUUGUUUUGAACAGGGCUUAAGUUCAGAAGAGGUCACUAAGCACUGGACAAUAAGGAUGACAAAUAAAAGCUGUUUUUAUCCCAUGCUUUUUGUGUUUAUAUUAUGUUGACUUUUAUUUUCAUUUUUGCUGUUUGGUUUAAUACUAGUGUAUUAUUAAUUAUGUAUUAAUAAUCCAUUAGUGUUUUCAAUACUAAUGUUGGUGGUUUUAAUACUCAUAGCAAGAAAGCUGCCUAGGAGACCGUUUUUUCCCCUCUGAGGCCUACAUAAUAGAGUAUCGAUGUCAAUAAAACUGGACUGUACAGUUACUUUCAAUGUUCAUAGUAGGAUCUGUAUUUGGGACAUGCUAGUUUCAGUCCUGGGGCUUGAUACUGCAGAUGUUAACCUUCAGGAGAGGAUUAUCAGUUUAACCUCAAAUUGACUGUUUUUAACUCAAUGUUGGCAUAAUCUGGCUAAGAUUAGUGUCUUGAGAGAAAUGUCUCUUUUAUGAAUGCUGUGCUCAGUGGACUCUUAAAUUGUCAUAUCUUUGCUGCCAGCUUUUUGAACUGAUCAAUGCUAUAUGAAGGGGAAUAACAGUCUAACUUGUCUUAAUUGGGUGUGAAGCUACCUACUGUAUGUGUUCAUUGUACAGUGUUGGAUUUCGGCAAGGUGAAAGCAGCAGUUUAACUGCAUCUAAAAUAAAGAAUUUUCUAGCACAAUAAGAAUUUAAAAUGAAAUAUGCUUUUUAUCCCUGGUUUAUGAAUGAAAUAAACAAUAUCAAAUUACAUGGUGUAAUAGAUAUGAAGUUCUGUAUUCUAGUCUUAAAUCUCUAUGACAAUGCCUAAUGUCAGUCUUGCCUCACAGAUCACGUAUGCUCCAAUAUUACAGAAAUUGUUUAAGAUGACCAGUGGUAUUUAAAGCCUACAGUUCCCUUUGUUUCUGGUGUGCUGUGGAUGUCUCUUAAAAAAAAAAAUAGAAGGUAAAUAUCAGAACUUAACUAUGGAGCUCUGUUUUGUGGGUCCUACAGAGACAGCGUACGCAAAUACCAGCAUGUGGAAUGUAGUACCCCUUAGAAAGGUGGAGAACUGAUACCUUCUAGAAAAUGAGAUGCCUAAAAUCCAUUUUGAGUCUGAUGAAAGCAAUGGUUACGCCUUGUCUGUUCAUGUCUUCUUUGUGUAUUUGCUGCAUUAGGUGAAAUUCGGAAGACCAAGGGUGAGUAUCAACUUCAGAUAUGUGAAUUAAUAACUUGGUGUUCAAUUUAGCAGUUAACCUAAAGCGCUGAGAGGCGUAUCUUACUAAGGAAGUUGCUGCAAGAAUUCAACACUGGAAUUGUAUUUUCUUGUGGAGAAAAAAAUAAAGCUAUUUUAUCUGAAAUAUAUAUGUGGGGUGAAAGGAAGUUGUAGAGGAAGUGUGCAUUAAUCUGACUCACUUGCAAAUGCGUUGCUCCUAUGAAUCCUGAAACCAAACUCCAUGCAGUGAGCAGCAGCGGCAAAAAAAAUGGGGUAGGAGUGGUGAAAAGCUGUUAACAGUUGAAAAUGGAGGCCGUAUCUCCCUACAGCUAUUAUAGUAGUGUUGCUGUGAUACGAUGGCAUCUUUGAUGUACGGUUGCUAACA